UAGGGGGUAUUUUUUAAAAAAAACUAAAUUUUAAUGUUGAACGGCAAACAUAAAAGUUUGAAACAAAAUCUCGAGGUCAUUUGGUAUUUUAAAGGCGAACUCAGAGGCAUGGGGAAAUGAAGGAGAAAGAAGAAGAAAACGGAUUUGGGAAUUAACAAAUCGACGAACAGGUGUUCUUCUUCUACUUGUAAAUUUCUAAUGUUAACAACAAAAUUUCGUUAAUUGGAUUUACGAAGAAUGCGACACAGGAAAUCACAAUCAGACCAGCUUCUUAAUCUGCAACAAGUGCGAGUAAAAUGUCGAAUCCAGUGGAACAAACCCAAGAAGGAGAAGACCCUAAGCCAUCUGAGGUAAACCCUAGCGACCAAGGCGAUCAAUCCCAAGAAUGGGAAAUCAUGGCACGGGCUUGGCUUUGCUCCUUCCCGGAGGCCAAAGCUGGGUCCAUGGAAGAGGUUGAAGCUUGGAUCGAUUCCAAUCAUGCCUCUUUACCUGGAAACCUCAAAUCAAUGCCCCGCUCCGACCUUUGCCAGAGGCUGAUUUCCAUUCAAAAUUUAAUGAGACUUUCCAGUCAGGCGACGGGAAAGGAAGAGAUUCAUAAACAACAAGAUGAGGAUGAUCAAGGGUAUCAGGGCGAUCUUCCACAUGCUCGAUUUCAACGCACCAACCAGUGGAUACCUGUUUAUUCUUGGUUAGAGUCUCUACAUCAAGAUGAGGUUGUCAAGUCUAAGGAAAUAUCUGAUUGGUUGACCGAAAAUCCCACCAUCAGAGAUCAGCUGUGUUCAAGACAUUCUCGUUAUCAUUUAAUGCACUAUAUCAAAAAGUGUCAUUUGAAGAUAUUGAAAAGAAAGGAAAAGAAAAAGGGUUCUCAGCUGCCUGACAAAUCUCCUCUGAAAGUUCACAAGGAUGUCUUAAUGAAACCAGCACUGCCUCCCCGUGAUUCGUUUAGCGAUCUACCAAAAGACAGUGGCAUAUAUUUGGCAAAACGGAAGGAAGCCUAUAGAAAAUAUGAAAUUUUAAUGGAGUUGGAGAAGUUGCUCGCCUCCAAAUUUUCCAAGUCUCAAGGAGUCAAAUAAUUGGAGAAACUUUGGUGAUUGACAUCACUCUGAGUUUGUAGUCAUUGCCAGGUUUUUACCUUGUUCACUGCUGAAUAUUGUGGCCCCAUUGCCUUGCUUUCUCACUCUAGAAUAGAGUACCAGAUCUGAGAAAUCUAUUAGAAAUUUAAUUUACCUAAUAUAUUUUAUAUCUCCAGUCCUUAGAAAAUAUCGAUAUCCAUUCGAUCGUGUUUGGGUGUGUCUCUAGUUUCAAGUCAUCAUGAUGAAUUUUAGAUGAUAAUGUGGAGAAUAUUUUUUUUUAUGAUGUUUGAUAUUUCAUUUCAAUAUUCAUUCAA